AUGCGAUUCAAGUCCAUAUUCAGUAUUGCUGGUCUCCUUGCGACUCUCACAGUCGCUUUGCCUGAACCACAAAGUCCUGCACAAACCACAGCUGUGUCCCUGGCUGUCCAAUCCUACCAGGAAUCGCUCGCCACAAACAGCGUCGUGAUUUCCUUAGUCGCAGGCCUCGCAACCGACCCUGCGGCUAUUGCUUCUAUUGCGUCCUGGCAGCAGUCCAUUCUGUCGGCAACUGUCACACUACCACCCAAUUACCUCGACGCCUUGCCAACCCAGGCUAGGAGUGUAUUUGCAAGUGUCAUUACGGUUGUGAAUUCGAUUAGGACCGCAAAUGGCUUUCCGAAUGGCCUUCCGAGUGGCCUGGCGGCUGCCACAAGCUCAAGCAAGGCUGCUGCAGCGCCGAGACAGACAAAUGCUGCAUUGGGAGUUGCUGCUGCUGGAGUCGCCGCAGGUUUUGUCGGGGUUGUUAUGGCGUUAUAG